GUCCCGAGCAGAGAGUAGAAGGUUUAGCGGUGUUCUCUUAUCUCACGCAUCAGGGUAAGAGGAUCCUAAACUAUGGAGGUGAUCAGACACAGACUCACAUUUGUUUUAUAGAGGGAUUUUACUCGCAGAUCUUUCAGCUUUGGAACUAUCUUUUUCUAACAUCUUCUCUUUCUUCUUCUUUUUUUUUUUGACUUCGCAUCAUCCGCUGUUGAAAAUGCCUUGUUUCGGGGUUUGGAUUAACGCAAAUUGGAUUUUACUUUUCGCCAUUUUUGACGCGUCUUUUUCGAGCUAUUCUGAAGACCAGUGCAGCUGGAGAGGCAGUGGUUUGUCCCAGCAGCAGGGCAGCGUGGAGCAGAUCUCCCUCCACUGCUCUGAGGGCACACUGGACUGGCUCUAUCCCAAAGGGGCCCUGCGCCUCACCCUCUCGCCCCGCCUGCCCUCUGUGGCGGUGGGGCCUGGCGGCAGCAGCUCGGGCCUCAUCACGGCCUGCGUCAAGCCUUCUGAGCAGUUCCACGGAGCCCAGCUGUACCUGGAGCGAGAUGGGGUCCUGGAGCUCCUGGUAGGGGACCGCCUGGAGUCCUCUCCCCCACCGAGGGUUCGCUGCUUCAGCCGCCUGCCCGGGGAACGGGUGGCUCUCUUCCUGCAAGCUACACCUCACCAGGACAUCAGCAGGAGGAUCGCCUCCUUUCGGUACGAGCUGAGAGGGGACUGGACCGCUCGCCUGUCGGUGGACUCCAACCCCAUCAGCAGUGAAGAGGCCUGCAGACCCUGCAACAACACUGAGAUUCUGAUGGCUGUUUGCACCAGUGACUUUGUUGUGCGAGGUAACAUCCGAUCAGUGGCGGAAGACGAUAACCUGAGAGCAGCGGUGAUCAAAGUCAGCGCCACCCGGGUGUUUCGGCAGAAGUACGCCCUGUUUACCGGCAACGGUCGCCUGACCAGGCGGGGGGAGGUCAGGACUCUGCUGCAGUGUGGUGUCAAACCGGGGCCCGGCAGCUUCCUCUUCACGGGUCGGGUCCACUUUGGGGAGGCCUGGUUGGGCUGCGCUCCCCGCUACAAGGACUUCCAGCAGGCUUACACCAUCGCCAAAGCAGCCCAGCAGAUACCCUGCGAACUGCCUGUCGACUGAGUUUAAAAACUCGGCGGCAGCUUGUCUACUAGCACUCAAGAGUCGAGGCCGUACCGAAAGCCGGGCCAAACUCAGCUCUGUUCCAUAGUUUUGGAAGAAGCCAUGGUGUCCCAACUGUUGGCCGAUGCGGCCAUGGAGCCACCAACGACUUCCCAAAGGUCUGAGGAGUGAAAUGGACUCCCCCCCCCCCCCAAACACCAUUUCAGUGCAAUAUGCAUUCACCGGGUCAGAAAGAACCUGGUGGAGUUGUGACACGAGGGACGUGCUUCUAAUGAAGAUUAUAAGCAUUUGGCAUUGGACAUGUUUUUACACACAGUGAUGCUAUUAUGCAGGUUCAGAGAAAAUCUAUUGAAAAGCUUUCCAUUCGGGAUAAAUUAAGUCAAGCCAUUAAUUCAGGCCUAUUGAGAGUCAUUGCUUUGAAAAUACACUCAGGAAAAUGUAUUAAAAGUUCUAUAGAAAGCGUACUGCCUCGGUAUCCCAGUGAGGAUACAAUUAAGGCACCUAUUUGUUCAGUGAAAGUCGGGUCAUGGGAAAGUUAUUUUUUGCUGGCUACCCGUGUACUGGGGGGGGGGGGGGGGUCAUCCUCAGUGUUACUAUUAUUAAUUAAAGAGAUUAUAAAAAAAAAAAAAAGUCCUCACAAAAUGGAAAAAAAUAUAUAUUUGCACUGAUAACGGAAAGGGAAUGAUCUGGAAAGUGUGAUGCUGCAAGCACUGGAAACCAAAUAAAAAAGCAACUAUAUGUAGCAUAGCGGAGCAAUUGAGAAGUUAAUAUAUGUACAGACGAUGUGAGCACGUGCAGUAGCGACACAAAGCUACGGCUACUAGAGCAGGUUUCACAGCUCAAGCUAUAGUGCUGAGAGCACUUUCACAUGCUAGCCAACUCUGAGAUUUUGCUUCUGUAUUACAGUACAUUUUAGUAGCCAUGCAAUAUUUCUGCAAAACUGAGCUAAUUAGACUGCAUUUGGUUUAAAAAAAAAAAAAAAAAAGAAUUAUCUAAAAAUAUGUUGGAGUGGAAUUGCAGCAGUGUUGCCAAAGUGGUUCUGAGUUUUGUUGCUUCCAAGUCGUUCUCUGCUGAUGUUGUCACAUAUUAUCACACAAGAUAUUCAACUGUGUAUCACCGCUAAUGCUCAUAAAACUGUCGACAACAGUCAUUUAUAACUUAAGUCCAGUGUUGUUAUAAGAUAUAAAAAGCUAGCUCAAGAGAAACACAAAAAUAUGCAUUCAGUGUUAAAAAAGAAGAAAGAUUCAUAUCUAAUGUGCACUAUAUCAACAAGGGGAGGUGUUCAUACCAAAUUACCGUAAUAUGCUGAAGUGGUCUUAAAUGUGUACACUGCCAUUUUUGCUGUUUAUUUCUAUGUAAAUUUAUGUUAAUAACAAUGCGAAUGUAAAUAUGUUUAUAAGAAAUUCUAGAAACCACAGCAUGAAAAAAAAGUCUGUAUAAAAAAAAAAAAAAAAGCAUUGUAUUGUGGAUUAUUUUUGUGUUUGUCUGUGUUAUUAAAAUAUACUGUGAGAAAACACUCAUGUAUUUAAGUUCUUCUGGAAGCCUUUUCUUGUAUAUAUUCACUUUGAAGUCAUUCUUUGGGCAUUUCAUGCUCCACAAACAUUGUGCAGCUGGAUCAUUAAUUCAUCAGCAC